CUUUCAUAAAACGUGAUUUCUAAUUCAUGACACUAGCUGGGUUUUCCUUCAUUGUUUAAAGAGAUCAUUCUGAUAAUAAAUGUGACACGCUUGUUUUUGCUAUUGUGGCUCUCAUGCAGUGUAGAUUUAGGCUUAUUAAAUUAUUUCAGAUUUCAUUUGUCGUUAGAAAUGUAUUUCAAGUAUUUCUAAUCACCUUUUAUCUUCCCAAUGAUUAUAUUACCUUUUCUCCUGCCUGGAGGAUCGCACAUGCAAACUGGGUGAACGCAUCAUAGCGACGAGGGACAGCAGUGCUGUACUUAUCCUCCAAUCCAGUUGGUGGCGGUAAUGAAGAGAAAGUACACAAACCUCGCAUGUGUCAUUGAUCGGAGUGUUUACUGGGAUUCUUCCCACCUGGUUUUUCUCUCAAUUCGCGUGUUUUUAAGUGAUUUAUUCCUUCAAUGGUGUGCAUCUGCGUCGUCCAGGGCUGCGGGAAACGACCUGAGCCGUACGUGAGAAACCUGCAUGGAUUCCCGAAUAACUUGGAGACGAUAAAAGCCUGGAAUGAGUUCGUGAGGAGGACCAGACCGACUUGGAAUGGCAACACUCCUUCAUCGAGGAUCUGUAACGAGCAUUUCCAGCCAGAUUGUUAUACAAACCACAUGGCCUGGUCGAUGAAAUGGGUUAGGAAGCUGGAUCUGAUAGAUGACUUUCAGGUGCCAACAAUAUAUCCUGUAGUGGUUAAGAAAAGUCCUGUAUUACUUGCCAAAGAGGAUGACCGUAAAACGGGCAGAAAGAUCAGCCCGACCCCACCGGGCAGUUCCACCAUGCUUGCAUCAGUAGAAAUAAAAAAAGAGGAGGAUGAGGAUGAAUCAUACUGUUCAGGAGCCACAAUGACACCUCUUAUUCAGGACUGUCAUGUAAAGACAGAGUACCAGGUGAUGUACUUUGUAAGACAUGUGGCGUCCCAGACCGACCCUCCGUCCAUUUCCACAAACACACGAUCAGUCGGCACACAGCUGACCAGGAUACCCCGACAAAUUAAAGUUCAAACUACAGGCUCACAGGUGAUGUUUAAUAGUCAACAUCAUAUUAUCUGCACAGACCCCUUAAAGUCACCACGGCUGCUCCUACAACCAACUCUGGUAAAAAGACGAUCCAAGAGACUUCGACUUGGACUGGAAUAUGAGGAGGAAGCUGUUCAGGACAAGACCAGCUCAACGUGAACCUGUGGACCGUUCUGGUGCAGCAGACGCAUCUCUUGGACCAGAAAACAAAAAAAGCAGAUGUCUAUGUAGCUUUUGUCUUUGGUGCAGGGAAAAUAUUUAUCGAGCACCUUGUCAAAAAUGACAUAAAGCUGUAAGUUUUAUGCCGCAGCUAGAAACUGUGCAGUGUUGGCUGGGAUAGAAAGCUCAGUUCUACAUCAAUAUCUCUUAGCAAUCUGCAUUAUGCUGUAUUUUGUGGCCUAAUUUUAUUACAAUAUUACAUUAAUAGGAAAAAAAAAGAAUGGCUAUGCCUCCAUCCAUUAAUUAAACCUGCUUGUCCUCAUUGUCCAUUAGAGACAGGCUAAUGGACCUGUUUGCACCCAGUACAAACUAGGUGUUGCACUGAACAUUUGCCAGUCAAGAAUAUUGCCAGUAAAAAUCCAAUUCUGAAAA